CUCCAUCGGUGACUGCCUGUCUGGUGCGUCCUGGCGCUGCGCUGGAACACGGAGAAAAGCCCGUCAUCUUCAACACUGGGGAAUUUUCUCUAUUCAUCAAUAAAAUCUCUGCUGUCUCGUCCUAAAAUCCUUCUGCCAUUGCAUUCGGAUUGUUUUGUCCGGCUGGUGUCAUUGAGGAGCGGAUCGUCGGUUCUCCAAAAGCGCAUUAGGAACAAUUACGCACGGAUUUCCAGCCAUCAGCGCCGAGAUGUCCGGAUACCAGGGCAAGAAGAACAUCCCUCGCAUCACCAGUGACCGUCUUCUAAUCAAAGGAGCGAAGAUAGUGAAUGAUGAUCAGUCUUUCCAUUCGGAUAUCUACAUGGAGGAUGGAGUCAUCAAGCAAAUUGGUGAAAACCUCAUAGUUCCUGGGGGUGUGAAGACCAUUGAUGCCCAUGGCAUGAUGCUGAUACCAGGUGGCAUUGACGUCCAUACCCGCUUUCAGAUGCCUGAUCGGGGCAUGACAGCAGCCGAUGAUUUCUACCAGGGCACACGAGCAGCUCUCGCUGGCGGCACCACUAUGAUCAUUGAUCAUGUAGUUCCUGAGCCUGGUGUUAGUUUGAUCGCUGCCUUUAACCAGUGGAGACAGUGGGCAGAUCAUAAAUCGUGCUGUGAUUACUCACUCCAUGUGGACAUCACAGAGUGGCACAAGGGCAUGAAGGAGGAGGUCGAGGCACUGGUCAAAGAUCACGGCGUCAACUCUUUCCUAGUCUACUUGGCUUACAAGGGUGUUUUCCAGCUAAACGACUCCCAGAUGUAUGAGGUGUUCAGUGUAAUCAGGGAUCUGGGAGCCAUUGCACAGGUGCACGCAGAGAACGGUGACAUCAUUGCUGAGGAGCAGAAGAGGAUUCUGGGAUUGGGUAUCACUGGUCCUGAAGGACAUGUCCUGAGCCGUCCAGAGGAGGUGGAGGCUGAAGCUGUGAACCGGGCCGUAACGGUGGCCAAUCAGACCAACUGUCCCCUCUACAUCACCAAGGUGAUGAGCAAGAGUGCUGCUGAUGUCAUUGCCCAGGCCAGGAAAAAGGGUACCGUGGUGUACGGGGAGCCCAUCUCGGCCAGUCUGGGGAUGGACGGCACUCACUACUGGAGCAAAAACUGGGCCAAAGCUGCAGCCUACGUCACAUCUCCCCCCCUCAGUCCCGACCCCACCACACCAGACUAUCUCAACUCUCUGCUCGCCUGUGGUGAUCUGCAGGUGACUGGUAGUGCACACUGCACCUUUAACACCUCUCAGAGGGCCGUUGGCAAAGAUAAUUUCACCUUCAUCCCAGAAGGAACUAACGGCACUGAGGAGAGAAUGUCACUCAUCUGGGAUAAAUGUGUGGUGACAGGUAAGAUGGAUGAAAACCAGUUUGUGGCCGUGACGAGCACCAAUGCUGCCAAGAUCUUUAACCUGUUCCCACGUAAGGGGCGCAUCGCCGUGGGCUCCGAUGCUGACCUGGUGCUCUGGGACCCUGAUGCCACCAAGAUCAUCUCUGCAAAGAACCACCACCUGGCAGUGGAGUAUAAUAUCUUUGAGGGGAUUGAGGUACGUGGAGCUCCUGUGGUGGUGAUUAGUCAGGGGAAGAUCGUAUUGGAGGACGGGAAUCUCCACACCAUUGAGGGGUCUGGACGAUACAUCACCCGUAAACCCUUCCCAGACUACGUCUACAAGAGGAUAAAGGCUCGCAGCAGGCUUGCUGAGCUGCGUGGAGUCCCCCGGGGUCUGUAUGAUGGUCCAGUGUGUGAGGUCACUGUAACACCCAAGGUCAUAACCCCUGUCACUUCUGGGAAGACUUCUCCUGCUAAACCAGCUCCUCAGCCAGUUCGCAACCUUCACCAGUCUGGAUUCAGCCUGUCUGGGGCUCAAGUUGACGAUAACGUCCCUCGUCGUACCACUCAACGCAUUGUGGCGCCACCUGGUGGCCGGGCCAACAUCACCAGCCUGGGAUAAAAUAAUUUACUUUGAAAGUGAAAAGAUGGGGUGGGGGGGGUUUGAGUUAGAGGAACAUGGGCUUUUUCUCUGUAACCAGUCCAUCCAUCUGGACUGUGUUCCAACAAGCACAUCUCCUUCCCUUCCUCCUACUAUUCUAAUCCAUUCACCCACCCCUCCCUCCAUCAUUUUUUAAAUCCAGGAUCCCAUUCUUUUAAUGUGGCUUACUUGGGGGGGGGACAUUCUUAUUCCAGAGUGCAUUUUAUUGGACAAAAGUCUGGAUAUGCCCCUGAGUGCAAGGUGAUGACAUCGAUAUUGUUGAUUUAUUUUCCUGGAAGAGAGGUACAUUUUAAAUGCAAAUAUCUGCUAAAAGAUCAUUUUGUCAACUUUUAGGAGUACACUAACAUAUAAGUGACCUCAAAGCAAACUGUAAAACUGUAAAACUGUAAAAUGUAACAUUGUUUGCAUUGACACAUGUUUUGAAGAAAAUAAAAGAAUUAUACAGCUAACCAAGUAAGCCACGUUGAAAAACUGGAACCAGUACCAUCCAUAUAGUAGUGUUUUAAUAUUUGUUUUAUUUUCAUUUUGAAAAACAGCACAAAACUACCACCGUUUAGUAUUAAAAAGUGCUGUUGCCAUUUUGGAUUGUUCUUUUUCCUUGUAGGAAGAGUCAGUGAGUUAUUUAUUGUUUCAAAAAUUAGGUUGCAAGCCACAUUUGAAUUUUACAUUUUGCAAAAGUGUCAACUCUUCCACAAAAGCCUGAUUUAUUAAAGGUUUUUAGAAUGUUGUUUUAUAAUGAACUCAAAUGUUCGAUUUCUUUUGUAUGUAUGUUAUAAUUUAGGUUUCAGGUCAGUGUUUGUACUGUAAACACUUCUUGAAGUCCCUCAUGUUUGUCUUCCUCAUGCUUUUGCACUUCUUUACUUUUCACUUUAUUCUUUCAGUAUUAAUUAACUGUUGUUUUGAAUAUGUUUCAGAUAUAUAUUUAAAAAAAAACAGUGAAGAGACUAACAGUGAUGUCUUGGCAGUAGUGCGCAGUCCUGUGGGGUUUUGGUGUUAUUUGAAUUCACUUAUUUUUUCACUGUAAGUGUCAAACUGUCUGUUCCUACUUUCUCCUGCAGUUUACACAAAGGGGGUUCUCACCAGAGAACACAAUACAGAGAAACUAAAGAAAAAUUCUCUAGGCAAAAAAAGGCGAAGCUGCUCUUUUCACCCUUUCAUUUCUGACUAAAGCGAAGAGGGUUACCAUAGCAACAGGUCUCCAUCACUUGCCGUGGCUGUUGAUUGGAUACCACAGCCGUGCUGUGUUGGGCCAUUUCCCCAGUAACCUCUUCACAACGGGUGUUUAAUUCGUGCUGUGAAUCCAGGCACUGGUUUAUCUGCUCAGCCCGUGACAUCACAGCAGUUCACAUGGUGUUCACCACCGUGCCAUGGGGUAGCCACAAAACCGUCUUGCCACAAAACUGAACUUGACCUUUACCAUAAGGACAUUUAGCAGGUUGCAGUGACCAUUGUUAAUUCAAACAGAUUGACUGGCAUGUGUAGGGUUUGUUUAGGAUAUUCCGUGUUGAGUUAAACGUUAGGUGAGAAUGCUUUUCUUUUUUUGCAGUUCUACUUUGUUUUUAUAAAUUGACUUGCCUGCCUAUUCACCAAGUGAUACAGUUCUUGAUCAAUGUCUGUUGAGUAUUGUUAUGACAAAAGCUGAACAUUUCUCAUGGAAGACUAUGUACAGAAUUCAUCAUUCUUCAUGUCUUUGAUUGUUACAAUAAAAUGCAGUUGUGAACAAAAGCCUUUACAAA